AUGAAGUUUGUUGCCAUUCCAUAUCAACCAGAUGCGGAUUUUGUGCAGAAGGGCCAAAAAAAUGAGGUUCCGAGGCCCCAUUUUCCAAGUUUUUCCAGAAUCAACGAGGAGCUUAUAAAGCCGGAGGAUAUACCGCUCAACAGGAGAUGCUUCGUUUACACACCCUGCGCUGCAAAUGAACUGUUCAAGACAUUGAAAUAUGCGACAAGCGAGUACCCCUUCGAGAAGGCUGGUUUCAAUUACAUGGAUAGGGCAGAUGAUUUGGCCGUAGCGGAGAAUAGGAACGACAUGGUCGGUGUCCAAGAGCCAUUGGGCUGGAGAACCGCGAGAUGCGACGCCUGUAUCAAGGAGGGGACAGCGUACUGGGAACUUGAAGUUUUAAAAGACGGUGGUCUUGAGAUUCCGCCUGGGGGUUCUGUCAAAUCGUUGAAGGAUAAACUUAACAGCGUGCCUCACGUUAGAUUUGGUGUGUCAAGGCGGGAAGCUUCUUUAGAAUGUCCUGUGGGAUUUGACAUCUACGGAUACGGUGUUCGAAACUUCAGUAUGGAGUCUAUUCACGACGGGAAACUGGCCCAGGUUUUACCGACGGGCCACAUCAAGGCCGGAGAUCGUCUGAGUUUUGUUCUCCACCUGCCAACUGUACAGGAGCAGAUUUCUCAGGCACAGAGCUUUACUGAAGCAAAGCUCAAUGCUUUGUCAUCGUAUGCGGAAAGCACCACGGAGGGCCCGGUCAAGAAAAGAGCCAAAAAACUGGGUCGCGAAUUUCAAAAAGAUCUCUUAAGAGAUCAAGACUAUACCAAUGUGAUCAGAGACCAGAUUGCAAUCCGCUAUAAGAACCAGCUGUUUUUUGAAGCCACAGAUUACGUCAAGACCACAAAACCGGAAUAUUAUACUUCGGAUAAACGAGAACGUCACGAAUUCUACUCGCUGCGUGACUCAUACCUCAAGGUUUAUUUGAAUGGAAAGGAGCUAGGCUCCGCUUUUGAGAACCUGAAGCCCUUUUUACCACCAUUCAGCGAGUUGAAGUAUAAUGAAAAGCUAUACUUCAACCAUUGGAGAAACGAGAUUAGUACUGGUGUAGCCACCGAAAACAUAGGGGCCGGUCACGAUGAGCGACAGACAAGCAGCAUCUUGAGAAACAAAUACGUCAAUAAUGGCAGAUUGGGCUAUUAUCCCACAGUCAGUUGCUUUAAUGGGGGAAGUGCAAAGAUAAUUACAAGUCAAGACGAUUUGAAAUACUGGGAUACCAUAAGAUGCCAGUUUCCCGAAAUCAAAACUAUCGACGAUAUCCUACAGGAGCAGAUAGCUGAUGAUAUAGUCUGGGAUAUUAUAGAUGAAGUUGAGGCUGAGAUUGUGAGUGACGACUGA